GGGGCGCACGGGCCGCACGCGGGAGGCGGCGGCCCCGGCGGGGGCGGCAGCGGCCCCAGCGCGGGCGCUGCGGCCGAGGAGAUCAACACCAAGGAGGUGGCGCAGCGCAUCACGGCGGAGCUGAAGCGCUACAGCAUCCCUCAGGCCAUCUUCGCGCAGCGCAUUCUGUGCCGCUCGCAGGGCACGCUCUCCGACCUGCUGCGCAACCCCAAGCCGUGGAGCAAGCUCAAAUCCGGACGCGAGACCUUCCGCAGGAUGUGGAAGUGGCUGCAGGAGCCCGAGUUCCAGCGCAUGUCUGCGCUGCGCCUCGCAGCCUGCAAGCGCAAGGAGCAGGAGCAGCAGAAGGAGCGCGCGCUGCAGCCCAAGAAGCAGCGCCUGGUGUUCACCGACCUGCAGCGCCGCACGCUCAUCGCCAUCUUCAAGGAGAACAAGCGGCCGUCCAAGGAGAUGCAGGUCACCAUCUCGCAGCAGCUCGGCCUGGAGCUGAACACCGUCAGCAACUUCUUCAUGAACGCGCGGCGCCGCUGCGUGAACCGCUGGGCCGAGGAGCCGGGCGCGGCCCCCGGGGGCCCGGCGGGCGCCGCCUCCACCUUCUCCAAGGCCUGA